CUAGACGGCUGGUACUACUACCCGGUGUGGUACACGAGCAGGAAGCUCAACAAGUGGUUUUUCGAAAAAUACAUCACGAAUUACGCGGGGCAUACGAGCAGUACUGCGACAUCGUCAUCGACAUCUUUGGCGCCAACGAAAAUCGGCGUCCUGAUGCUGGAUUUCGUCACUCCCGAGCUCUGUGCGCAGAUGGUCAAAAGGAAUUUAACGACGGUCGGGCGGCAAAUCUCAGCGGGCGCAGCUACACCACCAUUUGAUGCAGCUGCUACUCCUGGUCCUGCCGAUGUUGACAACCAUACAGACGCACCUGCACGUAGCAAUGGUAUUGGUACCCCCUCUUUUGCAGAAAAAAAACGCUCUGUUUUCCGAGUCGGCCCAAGCUACGGCAAACAGGAAAAAGUGAUCAAUUUGCGGCAGAGACUGCGUCGCAUCCCCUUUCUCUGUCAAUUUUUCUACCCCAAUGUGGCUCAUGAUGGAGGAGAGAAAACACAGACGCUUGCAGUUUCUGUCGCGCCCCACAAAGAAGCAGAGCUUUUGGGGCGCGAAUUCCGUGUGAAGCCGUAUUGCUCGCGGCAUCCGAGAGAGAGCUUUGGGAUGCGGUAUUUAGGAGAAGGUACGUUUGAGAUUUGGCGAACAGACCAGGCCAAUGCAGGCUGGGGAAAUGACUUGUGGCUGGAGAUUGAUACGUCGUGA